AUGUCCCCUAUUUCUGGGAAGGCUCUGUUCGCGGGGUACCUCAUGUUAUGGCUGAAGAGAGGAUCUCUCCGUUCUUCAAGGCGAAGGGGUCAUCAAACCGCUAGGGAGCUGUUCUCAGAGGAUCCAGUGGAGGACCCUGAGAGUUUUGACGCAGGUCUAGAAGAAUCUGAGGCUCCCGAGGUUCGAGCUCCUUCUCUUGGUCCCUCGUUGGAUGCCCCAAGAGAAUCUGAACACCCAAGACCAGCCCAGAGUCCAAGAGUUGGACAGAUGGGGGCUCCUCUUCUGUCUCCGAGUAGCUCGCUUCUCUCUAAACGUCAGCGGGAGACCGCGGCCGAAAGUUCUCGAGCAGAGGCGGCCAAGAAGACCCGUUGCGAUGAGACAGUCGAGACCGCCCGAGCGGCAGAAGGCCAGGAUAAUGUUUCCCAGGCAAGCAUCCCUGGAGCACAGACGGGAGUUCCAGUGACUUCUGUGUCCGCAUCAGGAGGUGCGGUUGAGAAAGUGAUCUACAUUCCUUCUGACGAAGAGGAGGAAGCUGGAGAUGACGAGGGGCCCACAGGCUCAGCUAAUCGUGCCCACGAAAUUGCUGGCAAAGAGGAUCCUCUUUCUUGGGCGGGUCGCUCGUCUGGGGAGACGGGCGAAUCUGAGGAGGAUGACGACGUCUCGAUUCAUGAGAUGUUAUCCAGUGAGGAAGAGGUGUUGGCUCGGGAGGAUGCGCCCGGCCAAAUAGAGAGAUCUCCUGCUCCUGCGGAAGCGUCGGCUGGGGAUCGUCCAUCAGCGCGAGAGUCUCUGUUUCAAAGGGAGGCUUCUACUCCGCAAGUGACCACUUCCUUGUUCGUUGAUGCUGUGACCGCUGCUCCGAGGGCGUCAUUGGUCACACCGGCUUUGGCGGCGCCAAUCCUUACUUCUACGGUCAUGACCGCAGGCACUUCAACUGGGAUUUCAUCCACGGUGGAGGAGGCUGCCCUUUCUCCCUUGGAGCGUGAGCGAAGAAGGAGUGCGGCACGAUCUGUGGCUGAUUUCCACGACACUCUAGCCGGCUGCAUCAAGCUCGCUUUGGAGGAGAGUUGUCCCUUCGAGAGUUUCGAAGAGGAUCUCGACUACAUCGUGGGCUUCUUAAUCAAGAGGCUUGGCCACACUGCGGCGAAGCCCUACUUCCAGCGUAAGGAGGAAGUGAAGGAAGCUGUUCAACGGUUGCUUGCUCUUCGCACGAAGAGUUCCAUUCUUGUGGAUCUUGCGACCGGCGAAGUCCGAGCAGCGGUGGAAGAACACGAUCGCCGUCUGAACGAGACCAUGUCGCUGGAGGCGAAAUUGUCAGCAGAGUUGGAGAAGGCCAAGGCUGAGGAUGAACGAAUAACCUUCGAGCAACAGAAGGCCGAUAACCGCGUUUCUCGCUUGUCUUCGGAGGUAGAGAAUCUGAAGCAGGUUAUAGCUAAGGCGCAGGCCUCAUUGGCCAUUCAAGAGAAGGCUCGUGAGCAGGCGGCCAAGGAGUUGGAAAGCAUUGAAUCUCGCCGGCAACUGACGGCUAAUUCCGUUGAGGAAAAGGAUCGAGCAUAUAGAGAUGUCAAAGAGACCGUCCAAGACUUGGCCUCUCGCACUGAGGAAGAUCUUCGCCAAGAGAUCCUGAGGAGGCUAGAGCAUCGUCAUGCUAGGGAGAUUUGUGAGGCGGAACUACGGUUGAAAGCCUUGUAA